GUUUUAAUAAUCAAAAAUCAACCAGAAACAUUGUGGAACUUCUUCAAGAUCGUCGCUUUUCUAAUCUGACAUCUCUGAUCGAUCAAGCUGGUCUCAAGGAUUCCUUGUCGGGUGAAGGACCCUUCACAAUCUUUGCCCCCACAAAUAUGGCUUUUGAACGUCUUUCACCAGAUAUUUUAGAGAAGAUAACGUCGGACAACGAUGUUUUGAAACGCGUUUUAGAAUACCACGUGGUUAGCGGGAAAAAGUUGUCACGCGACUUCCGAAAUGGACAAGAAUUGAAGACUCUGCAGUCUAACGAGCCACCCCUUAUGAUAGGCUUACGUAAUAGAAGGUCUCCCACUGUGAACAAAGUACGAAUUGUUGAAAGAAACCUCCAAGGAAAGAAUGGAGUGAUCCAUACCAUAAAUCGCGUGCUUAUCCCUCCAUCUAUAGCCAAUGGAAAAGAAAGCCCCGAAGAACCUUAG